CAAACCGCUACUACCUCUGCGAGUUUCAUAGUGAAAAAUCGUCUCAGGAUUGGCAUUGAUUAUUUUCUUCUUCAUCAUUUAACCCAUCCCUCCUCCUUUCGAAAUAGUAAAUUGGUCGUCAUUGAAUCGUCGCCUAUUAUUAUAUUCCUCUAUUCAACUGUAAAAAAUCUAAAAUUAAAUUAACCACUAUUAUAAAAUGUCUAGCGACAGUGUAAAUCCUAAUGCCAAGUCGGUUCCUUUCAAACUCGUUUUACUUGGGGAAAGUUCUGUUGGUAAAUCAUCCCUCGUUCUCAGAUUUGUAAGAGGACAAUUCUUUGAAUAUCAAGAAAGUACGAUUGGUGCUGCUUUUUUGACUCAAACAGUCCCUUUGGGCGACACUAUUGUCAAGUUCGAAAUUUGGGAUACUGCCGGACAAGAACGUUACAAAUCUUUAGCACCAAUGUACUAUAGAGGAGCUGCUGCAGCAAUUGUUGUGUACGAUAUAACUAGUGCUGAUUCUUUCCAACGUGCUAAGAAUUGGGUUAAAGAACUUCAAAGACAAGGAACAACAAAUAUUGUGAUUGCUCUUGCUGGUAACAAAGUAGAUCUUGAAGAUAAACGUCAAGUGGAAUCAGCAGAAGCUAAAUCUUAUGCCGAAGAUAAUGGAUUAUUAUUUAUGGAAACAUCUGCGAAGGCAGCCACUAAUGUUAAUGAACUCUUUGUAGCCAUUGCACGUAAAUUACCUUCAAAGGAAACUGAUAAUAAUAAUAAUGUAAAUUCAGAUCUUACUCCAGCCAUCAUUCCUAAACCAGGCGACCAACCACCAGAACGAAAACAAAAAGGAGGAUGUUGUAAUUAAAUCAUUAAUUGGAAUUCGAGAAUCUAAUAAUAAUAUAUUUAUUGUAAAAACUGUUUGUACAAUUAAAAUAACAAUUUUUUAUUUG